AUGCCCGGCGAUAAGCGCCCCCGUAUCACCGCGGAUGAGGAGGCCAGGAUGGCGGAGCUGGAGACCCAGCUGUUCCGAGGUGAGGAGGACGUGGCAGCCGAGCUGCUCAGCACCGGCGACCCCCAGCAGCUGCCCGUGUACCAGGACUGUGAGCCCACCGAGGAGGCCCGGGCGCCCGCCUGGCACGACCCCCAGGACGCCAGCCUGCGUGUGAACGUGGCCGACGUCUCCCGCGCCCGCAAGCUCCGCCAGCGGAACGGGGAGAAGACCGCGGCCCUGCUGCAGCGGUCGGGCGGGUUGCUGGUCAAGGGCAGGGCGCUGCCCGCGGGCCAGCUGGAGGCCAGCCGCAUGCGCGACGCAAACGCCGCCGACCCAGCCCAGGGGGUACUGCGCGCGCUGCAGUACCACCCCAACGGCCAGCUGCUGCUCACCGCCUCGCUGGACAAGCGCCUGCGCUUCUUCGCCGUGGACGGCGACGCCUGCCCCCUGGUCCAGAGCCUGUUCCUGGAGGACCUGCCGGUGCACGCCGCGGCCUUCGCCGCCGGCGGCAGGAAGGUGCUGGCCACGGGGCGGCGCAAGUACUUUUACGUGGCGGACCUGGAGAGCGCGACUGUGGAGCGCAUCCCGCGUCUGUUUGGGACCCAGGACCGGAGCCUGGAGGGUUUUGUGGCCAGCGCUGGGCCCGGCUCGCAGGUCGUGGCUUUCCUUGGCGAUGACGGCACCCUGCCUCUCAUGUCCCUGGCAACCAGGCAGCUGGUGGGCACACUGAAAAUGAACGGCUCGGCACGGAGCGGGGCCUUCAGCAGCGACGGGAUGGAGCUGUACACCUCGGGAGGGGACGGCGCCGUGUACAUCUGGGACCUGCGGCAAAGAUCCUGCCGGGCGCGCUUCGUGGAUGAGGGCAGCCUGCGCGGCACGUCGCUGGCCCUCUCCCCUGACGAUUCCCUGCUUGCAGCCGGCUCGAGCAGCGGCGUCGUGAAUGUGUAUGGCCGGGAGCAGAUCUUAGGGGACUCCUCGGACCCGGUGCUGCCCACCUCUGCCGCAGCAGCCGACGUCGCUGCGGCGUUCCCCAGGGAUGCCGCACGUCCCCCGCCGCGCCACUCGGCGCUCAAUCUGACCACCACCAUUGACAGCCUGGCCUUCAGCCCCGACGGGCAGGUCCUGGCGAUGGCCUCACGCAUGAAGCGGGACGCGCUGCGCCUGCUCCACGUGCCCAGCGGCACCGUCUUCUCCAACUGGCCCACCAGCCGCUCCCCGCUGGGCUACGUGCACUGCCUGGACUUCAGCCCGGGGGGCGGCAGCCUGGCCAUCGGGAACGCCAAGGGCAGGGUGGUCCUGUACCGCCUGCACCACUACCCCCAGGCUUGA